AUGAGAGAGAAACAUCGAUCAGCUGCCUCCUGCACACCCCCUACCGGGGAUGUGCCUGCAACCAAAAUACAUGCCCUUGACCAGAAUCGAACCCAGGACCUUUCAGUCCACAGACUAACGCUCUAUUCACUGAGCCAAACCAGUUUUGGCUAUCGUUAUUAUUUUUAUACCACACUGUGGAGGAGUUAUUUUGGAAAGGUUGAACCAAACCUUGAGAAGUUGGUAGGGUUUUGGCAGGUUGAAAUGGAGAAGAGAGUAUGUUCCCUGAGAGGAUCCAAACCAAGUGAAGGAGCAGAGAGGAGUGAUGUGAGGGCUCAAUCCCCAGUAGAGGGUGUGCAGGUGGCACACUAUCAAUGA